AUGAUAAGUAAGUAUUGUUACGAAGCUUUAGAUAAAUGCCUCAGAGACAUCUUAAGGUGCUCAGAUUCGUAUAAUGCUCAUUUGCCAUUUGGAGGUAAAGUUGUUGUUCUCGGAGGAGAUUUUAGACAAAUUUUACCUGUGAUUCCCAAAGGCUCAAGGCAAGAUAUAAUUCAGUCUUCUAUUAAUUCUUCAUAUUUGUGGCAUAACUGUAAGGUUUUGAAGCUUACAAAAAAUAUGAGAUUGUCACUAGGUGAAAACAACAACAUACAAGAACUCAUAAAUUUUGCAGAAUGGCUACUCAAAAUUGGUGAUGGUUUAGCUGGUGAUACAACAGAUGGUGAAUCGAUCGUUCAUAUACCAUCUGACAUUUUGAUUAAGAACUCUGAGACAGCUUUGGAUGACCUCAUUGAUUUCGUGUAUCCAAAUAUGUUAUCUAAUUUAUCCGUUGAAAAUUAUUUCAAGGAUAGAGCAAUUCUUGCACCAACUUUGGAUUUUGUGUCACUGAUGUCAACAACAAGAUGA